GAUGAAUUCCUCAGCGGAGCAUAAUUCAAGGAAGAUUUUGAAAUGGUCGCAAUAUUUCGAGACGAAGCGUGCGGAUAAGUACGUUUGGUAGAAACGAGAGUACGAACGUGUUGUUUCUGGCGCGUAGUGUCACGUCGAUGUUACACUGAAGACGACAAGCGACACUGACGACUGGAUAAAAGAAGACUUCGGACUUCGGAUCGCGAGGAGGAAGUCUAGCUAAAAGACAGCUAGCAUAACAAUGGUCGUCAACAAGAUCAACAUGUCGUCGUAUUCCGCGCCGUUGCGUACCUUCUUCUCGGGUCUUCACACGAAGAUGUCGGAGUUUCCAGUGGACGGAAGCGAGAACGGGGACAUGCAUACCGUCAUGGAGAACUUCCAAAAGAAGAACAAUCUGGUGACCGGCAGGACGCACCACGUCACCCAUCACCCGCAGGUCACCACCACGUCGUCGCAGAUGCUGACGACAAACCAGAGCCAACGCCAGAGUAGCAGCACUAGUACUACUAGUAGUAGCAGCAGUAGAGUGGCCAAAUCCUCGCAGAGGAUCCUCACCUCGUCCUCGUCGAGUGAGAUGAAGGCGAGCUCCAUGAAGAGCGAUCUGACGGAACUCAAGCGCGGCAUCUCGGAGAUGAAGAACAUGUCGAGCAAUUUUUCGCAACGGCUGCGCAGCAGUAUGGAGAACCUCGUGGACAGAGAUGGCAAUGGA